AUGUCUGCCUCAACGCCCACGUUCCCCGUAUCUGGCGCUGCGGCCUCUCCCUCUUCUCGCAGGCGGCCGGCUUGUCAGGCUUCGUGUUUCCUGCCUUCUCGUUUUCCAGUAUGUUACCUUAGUGUGCUUUCUCGGCGCUGCCGUAGAGCGUUUGGCGCACUCGGGAACGUUUCCCUCCUCGUUUGUCUGCUGCUUGUGUGCGCGUGUCUCUUCUGUACAACUCAUGGUCUCCCGGAGGCAGCCGCCGGCCGGAGACUGCGACGAAGAAUCUCUUCUGUCGGCGGAGUUCCCGCGUUGAGGCUUGUGCAUCGCUCCUCGAUUGCCCCCCGUGGCAGCCUCCUCGCUGACUCUGCUGUGGGUUCGCAUUCUCACCCUCGCUCCACGCGGCUGGGCGAUUCUGCGCGUCAGCGCUCAGCCGCAAGCAGCAGCGCAGAGCAUCCCGAAGCAUCUCAGGCUUUCCCUCCGCCCGCCACUCUCUCUUCGUUCCGGGCUGACUAUGCGUCAGCCACGCCCACAUACUCGUCGGCGUAUCGUUCCCCGUUCUUUCUUACUUCGUUUUCGAACUCGCCCUCCUCUUCCUACGCCUCCCCCACAGCGGACGAGAGCGAGACGCAGCAGGCAAAGCCCGGUCGCUCCGAGGGGGGAGGCUCCCUCACGGCCUCGGCUCAGGAGCCCGAGCACCUUGAAGUCGACCCAGCGCCUGGGGGGAGCGGCGCUGCCGACGACGGCGAGUCGCCGCGCUGGAGCCUCUCGCGCAGCUCAUCUCCCCCCAGUGAUUCUUCGGGGCGGGGGAGAGACAGACGCGCUGCACCGCUGAAGGGGACCGCAGAACUGGACUGUGAACACGGCGAUGAGGACUGCACACCGCGACGAGGUACACGCCUCCGUCCGGAGCUUUAUCGACCGCGUCUCAAGGCGACCACCCCUGCGUUUCCGCCCACGCUGGCAACGGAACACUCCGUCAAAGUCUCUGACGCCACUGACGACUGUAUUCCGUUUAUCAACUGGUACCGGUCCCGCGACUUGCUUCAUCCGCUGGCGCCAGUCAACGAUGUCGCGACGCUGCGGGCGACUGCGGUCGCUCUCGCGUCGCGUCUUGCGUCGACGGGAUGCCGGUCGCCUCCUCGCGUAGCGUUCUCCGACUCCCUGGAGUCCGAGGUCUUUGGAACGAACUGGUUCAGCGGAGUCGAGCCUGACUGCCGGUCUGCGACGGCUUUCUGGUACUCUCAGUCUCGUCAUUUUGACGGGACAUACCCUGGUUCCGCGAAUCCGUCGGCAGCGGCGCAGCGCAGCGUGUUGGACUUUGCCCGCAUGAUGCAGAGCACCAGCACAGCUGUGGGAUGCGCCCGAAGCAGCCACUGCCCAGGCGGACAGAACUGGCUAGUCUGCGUCUACGCGCCUGAGGAGAAGUUGGACAGGGUGACCUCGCGUUCUCAACGACGCAACCGUUUCGAUCGCUCAGUAUGGGAAUCGCUUCUCCAGCGCGGUGCCGCAGGGGAGCGCUUCCCCGAGGAUUCGAACCCGUUGACGCGUUCAGCGUCCGUGGAGUUGGACGUCUCGUCCAGCAAGCCGUUUCUCGACAGAACGGAAGAUGACUUCUGGGACGUGUUGAGCGGGGACGGACUGCGUCUUGCUUUCGAGCCGCAGUCGGGCGCGUCUAUGAGCGCUGCCCCGGUUUCGAGCGCGAACCUUUCGGCGCAGGUCGACGCGGCCCUUGGGGCCGAGCUCGUGUCUUCCCAUGACAAAAGCGAAGGGGAUGAACAGGAAGAAAGUGAUCAAAGAGGGUCGGAGAGCAGUCAACCAGAAAAGCAAAAUGAGGAUGAGCUUCACUUGAAGACGAUGCAGGACGGCGCCGAGGGUCAGCUCCCUGCCUCGAACAUGCGGGCGAGUAUUGCUCAAAUCUGGGGCAAAGAUCUGUCGGAGGCGGCGUUGAUGGAGAUCGCAGGAGGAUUGCUCAAUGGCGCUGCCGAGGUUGACGAUGUCGGCGGACUCGACAGACCGUUCCUUAUCCGACAGAGAGAAAGUGGCUUCGACGAGCUUCUUGUGGUUGAACUCGACGAGCAAGAUGGAGAGACAGAGUGA